UUUAUACAGAAAAUAAAAUGGUCACCAUUCUAAGAUUUAUUUAUAUGAGCUGGCUCAUUGUGUUCUGCUCUGCAUUACAUGUUGCUUUUCCAAAGGAAAAGGGUAUGAAUGGAACAUCAAUUGACAACUUCUCCUGUUUUGUUCACUCAUAUACAUUUAAGACCCCUACUAUGAAUUGUCUUUGGAAUGCUAGCAAAAAUGCUCCUCCAGAUACCCAGUAUUUUCUGUACUUAACAUAUCACAAGGCUAAGGAAAAUGAGUGUCCACAUUAUAUAAGUAACACGCUUGGGAGACACGUUGGUUGCUACUUCCCCAAUGUGACGGUAAAUCAAUACCGUGUGAAUGUUACAGUAAAUGGAUCAAGCACAGAAUCUCCCAUUCAGCCAUACAGUACCAAAUUACUACUUUAUACAACAGAACAACUGCAACCUCCCCAAAAUAUUACCGUGGAUUAUAAAUCACCAUUAUAUUAUGUAGUACGGUGGGAACCUCCUCCAAGCUCUCGUAACGUUGGAAGUGAAUGCUUCAAGUUCCAAAUAAAGGAUGAAAUCAGAAAUACAACCACUAAUGUACCAGGCAAAACAUACAAUUUCUCAAAGCCUGCAAAAUAUAUAUUGAGAAUUCGCACAGGUGGAAAAAGUAUUUGUGCAAUUGCAAAACCAUUUAGUAAAUGGAGUAAACCAAUUGAGUUUGGUACUGACCCCAAUCCAUUCCCUGCAGUGCCUUUAGUCUUUGCUAUACUUGGAACCAUCUUAAUAGUUGUGCUCUUGGGUUUGAUCUGUAAAAGGAACCACAUAUGGCAGAAGCUUACUGAUCCAGUUCCCCAACCAAAAGAUAUAAUGUGGCAAUGUGAGAAGAAUAUGGAGAAGUGGGUGAGCUCAGUACCAAUAGCAGGUGAAUCAAUAACAGUGGUUGAAGAAAUGACUGCCAUCUCCCAGAAAGUGUGAGGAAUUGUCCACUACAAAACAAUAACCACCACCACCCUAAUAAAAUAU